GCUUUUUCAGUCAUGCUAAAUAGUUAUUAAGAUGUAAUCCCGGUUUUUAUAAAGUCUAGGUCUUCCAGGUUGUAGUUACAUAUGAGCUUUUACCACCCUAUCAUGGAAGAAGAAAGAAAGCGUUGAAACUCGGUAACGUAUCUUAACGUCUAAAUUUUCGAGGCAUAUGUAUGCAGUUAUUGAAGUAAUUCUGAAUGUCAAGUUUUAAAAAUAGGGCUUUAUGAGAGAGUCACAGAGAAAAAACAAUGCAGUCAACUGAAUAUUAUUUUCCGGAAUCAAGUUAAGUUCGGUAAAUAUUUCUGUUGAUUUUUUCAACAAGUAUGUUUAAACUUUCAGUGAAAAUGUUUGCAUCUCCUUAUUUUUCUCACAGAGAAUGCUUUUCCUUCCAAAGCUUCUGUUUUGAGCCCGUUCAAUGACUAAAAAGAAAAAAACGGGGAAAGGCCAAAGCAAAAUCAAAGAUUGCAAAACCUGAUGGGCAGAACUUUUUAUUCCAAGUCAUAUCCCCAAUAGUUAAGUUCUCUUGUAUAUUUUUAACGCUACAGUUUUCUAUAUUCGGAAAAUUGGUAAAAAGAAUCGUUGCCUAUUUUGGGUUAAGUCAGCUGUAUAUGCUCAGGGCGCAUUUUUAUUUUCCGACAUUUACCAAAACAAAAAAGAAGAAAAAAAUUCACAUUGACCAAAUAAAACUAUAAAUUGAAUGAAAAAAUUGAAACAAUGUUGGAGCUUGCGUGAAAUCAGAGAAAGGCAUUUUCCCGAGGACUCAAAACAUGGGGAAAAUCCUUGUUAGGAACAGAUUGCAAAGUUUCCGGCAAUUAAAAAAUGACACAGCCAUAAUUUGCAAUCUAUUUUUCUCUGGGCGAUAUUAAACCAAUCAGAAAUACUAGUCUAACUAUAGGAAAUCCAAGUCUAUUGAAUCUUUUUUUAAUAACGGAAGCAAUUCAUAUUGACUACGCUAGAUUUUGCUGUUUUAGAUUCAGAACUACAUUAACUAGGCCGCUUUGAUGUUCGUUGGUCUUUGUAGCAUCGAGGACAUAUGCGGAUUUAAUAUAGUCAGAAAAAUGAAUUGGAUAUUAUUCACGAGGCAGUAUUUUCACAAUGUAUUUUAUUUUCUUGCGCAUUUUUUCAAGGCUGCAAGAAAUAUCUGCCUACUUGUAUGUCUUGUUCGAGAGUUUUCUGCUUAAAAUUAAGUCCUGAAGUCUUUUUUAUCACGAUAUUUUCCCAAUUAUUUUAAGCGUUUUUCACAAAUCAGAUAUGACUGAUUCUCAAAAUUCCAUCUGUAUCGAAUGAGCGGUUAAUAAGGCUGCGGACUGUAAGCCUGAAAUAUCAAAGCUGAAAAUCAACUUAAAACAAAGCCAGGAAAUUUGAGUCUGUUCAUAGAUCUUUCAUCUGUAUUACUUCAUCUGUAAAAAAAGAUUCCAGAUUUUCUCGUAGGACCCAGGCUCUGCCAUGUUUGUAAAAAUCCAUAGACCACGUGACCCUGAAAACCUGUCAUCAAAGGGUAUUUUAUGGGGAUAACCGGUUAUUGUUAUACUGUUAUUGUUAUUACAGUUAGGCUUUCGGUGUUUAAUUUUGUUUAAACUGCGUUAUUUUGUCAUCUUUCAGCCUGUAUUUGUAAAUGAUGGAGUACGCUGAUUCGUCUGUGUACUUUUCGUUUACAUUUACGCAACAAGACAUUGACAAUGUACUUUACGGAUACAUUCGUACUCCAGAAAAAGUAACCAAUGGUUUUGCACUGUCUGGUAUCUACAUCAACACACCAAGUAAUGAAAUGCGGUGGAACCCAUGGCUUGCCAAUAUUGCUCAAGUGCAUCAAGAAACCAACACGUGCCACCCCAUACCUUGUAUGGAGUUGUUUCAGGAAGAGCUUUGCGUCCAAAACUUACCUGAGACUGUUAAAAUUGUAGAGACAGUUUUACCAACUGGAAGACACAGAGCAGUAUUUUGUGGUCAGAAGAGGAUUUCGAAAGGUACACGGUUUGGCCCAUACACGGGGAGUAUUGUUUUACCGUUGGAAAUGAGAUCACUGGAAAAAGACUGUGUUUGGGAGAUAUUUCAAGACGGUGAACUGACACAUUAUGUGGACGGAGCAGGUGACCAAUCAAACUGGAUGAAAUACGUCAACUGUGCCAGGCACGAGACCGAGCAGAACCUGAUACUCAUUCAAGAAGAAGGAGAGCUGUUUUAUGAAGUCAACAAGGACAUUGCUGAAGGAAGUGAGCUGUUGGUAUGGUACGGAGAUAGCUACCUUAAAUAUAUGGGUAUUCCCAUCACCAUGAAGACCAAAAUGACCAAGAUAGACAGUGAAGGGGGAAUCGGUGGAGACAGCUUUGCUUGUGACCGUUGUGGUAAAGUUUUCGCCUACAAAUAUUACCGUGACAAACACCUCAAGUACACGAGAUGUGUAGAUCAAGGUGACCGAAAGUACCCGUGCCACCUUUGCAACCGUUCCUUCGAAAAACGUGACCGUCUUCGCAUACACAUCUUACAUGUCCAUGAGAAACACAGACCUCAUCAAUGCAAUCAGUGUGGCAAGCGGUUUUCGCAGUCCUCGAGCUUAAACAAGCAUUUAAGGGUACACAGUGGGGAAAGGCCGUAUAAGUGUCCCUAUUGUAUAAAGGCUUUCACCGCGUCAUCUAUACUCCGAACUCACAUCCGACAACACAGCGGAGAAAAGCCAUUUAAAUGCCGACAUUGUGGCAAGGCGUUCGCCUCACAUGCAGCACAUGAUAGCCACGUGAGACGCACGCACACAAAAGAGAAACCCUGCAUUUGUGAAUUCUGUGGCAAAGCGUUUGCGCAGUCGUAUGAACUAAAAUUUCACAUGAACAUGCACACUGGCGAGAAACCUUACACCUGUGAAAAAUGCGGCCGAGGAUUUUCAAGUCCUUCGUCUCGUGAUCGCCACCGAUCGAAUUUCGACUGCACUACUCGGAAAAACCGAGCCCCAAAGAUGAUGCGAAAGGGUUCCGAAGGAAAUGAGAGUGACUUGAAUGGCGCAGACGUAGAGGGGUUUAUGGCCGAAGAGGAACAAGUGAAAUAACUUAAGCUACUUAUCUAGUAGCUUACACACUUUCUACUAUUACAUUUUAAAGAUUUUAUAACGCUUUAAUACGGGUUUAAAAUUGAUCGAUUGCGGAUUGAAAUGUGAAACUAUUCAUUUUUGGCUGUUAGUGACAGAACUGUUAUCUGGUUGCUCUCCGUGCAACUUCCAGACGGUUGGGUCAAAAAUAAAACGAGAGAGACAAUACCACAGAACGAGAGGAAACUAUUAUAAGAAACAGUAGAAGUACUAUAUAUAUACCAGUAUGAAGGCUACUCACGGUACAUAUGGAUUUAAAUACAGUUCUGUUUGGUAGACCAACAAACGUUGGUCUACUCAUCAGUUAAUCUCCAUACAUAUAUAUAUAUAUAUAUAUAUAUAAAUAUUGUAGUACACGAGGAC